AUUUCUUUACCUCUACUUCGACCGAGAACGGUCUACACGGUCUUUCUUAGUAGUCAUGACUGGCUUUGCUGCCCUGCCGAUAUCAGAACAGCCUGAUUCUGGCUCACAAUGGGCAGGCGUCGCCAAAAUUCUUGGACCACGGUGGGCACAGCUACCUUCGCUGACGGUCGGUCUCGUGGGUGUUCAAUUGAUGUGGUCUGUUGAGAUGUCAUAUGCCAUGCCAUACCUAAUAUCUCUCGGAAUGUCCAAGUCCGUUACGGCGAUUGUGUUUCUAGCGGGCCCGAUUUCAGGUCUCGUCGUGCAGCCAUUUAUUGGUACUGUUGCUGAUAAUUCCAAGUCACGGUUUGGCCGAAGGAGACCGUAUAUUCUUGCCGGUGUGGCCGUCUGCGCUUCGGCUAUCCUUCUCCUUGGCUUCACCCGUCAAUUCGCAAGCAUCGUCACCACCACUGGCUCCUCCGCUAAUAAUUCCUUGACCAUCUUUCUGGCUGUCUGGGCUAUAUUCUGCAUUGACUUCGGUAUCAAUGCCGUACAAGCGGUCGAUCGUGCUUUACUUGUCGACACGCUUCCACCUCCGGACCAGCCAAGUGGUAAUGCAUGGGCCGCGCGAAUGCUCGGGAUUGGAAGCGUCACAGGAUUUUUCAUCGGAAACGUGGACAUGACCAGGGUAUUACCAUUCCUUGGUAACACGGAGUUACAAAUCCUUUCGGCGUUCUCGUCUAUAGUAUUGGUAGGAACGCACGCAGUUACUGCGUACCUGGUCAAGGAACGCGUGCUUUUGGCAUCGAGUCAGGCCAAGAAGUCGCUCAAGCAAGAGCUCAAAGAGCUUUGGGAUUGUGCACGCACCUUGCCCCACGUCAUUCGUCAAAUCUGUAUGAUCCAGUUCUUUGCCUGGCUUGGUUGGUUCCCGAUCCUAUUCGACACAACCCUCUACGUAGGCGACCUCUAUCGUCGUUCCGUCUCCGCCAACACAACAAUGUCACAGGAAGAGAUCGAUUCCGAAGCCACUCGGCUCGGUGCUCGCGCCCAAUUCUACUCUGCCCUCGUUGCACUCGCCACCAACUUCCUUGCACCAAUGAUCAUUGCAGAAGUCAAGCCUCGCUCGCGACGAAGAAGUAGUAUGGGCGGUUUGGCGCUUGGAGGGGGGAUCGAGGGAAAGCGGUGGUGGCAGAGGAAGUUGCACCUUGCGACGCUUUGGGCGGCCUCGCAUGCACUUUUUGCGAUCUGUAUGGUUGGAACCUUUUUCACGUCGAAUGUGACGGGUGCCACCGUACUCAUAACGCUUACUGGAUUUUCAUGGGCUAUCACACAGUGGGCACCAUUUUCCCUCCUCGCCGAAGCCAUCCUGACUACUCCCUCCGAAGAUGACCCCGAUACCGGUGACAUUCGAUCCAUCCUCUUAACGGACUCUCGAACACAUCUCCCAUUAGACGAAGACAACAGGCGCGACCGAGAACCCAGCGAGCGAGAUCAAUUCCUCAUAGGCCAUGAUGACGAUGACCGCUCGGACGUGGAGAGCGAACAGUCUGAUAUGGUGUUCGAGGCUGGUGCGAUUCGGUUGGGCAGCGUGAAGAAGUCUCGGGCUGCUAAUGGAGGCGGCGUGAACGGCCAUAAUGGGCAUGGGGAGGAUCAUGAGCACGAUGAUUGGAGUGAAGUGGACGCGGAAGGGGCGGAGCAGCGGGAGGGCGAUUAUCAUGAAGGGCUUGGAGAUGAGGAAGAUACGAGUCGGGAAGGUUUGAUGGGGAACUCCGCUGCACGGCAAAGUUUCGUGGAUGUUGGCGGUGUGGAGGACGUGCAUUCCCAUCCUCCACGAAACAGGGUCGCUUUGGAUGGAGAGGAGAGAGGUGUAGAGACCCCCUCCGCAUUAAGUGGCAAAGCUGGAAUCAUCCUGGGCAUCCACAACAUCUUCAUCGUCAUCCCACAGUUCCUCAUCACAGGGCUAUCUUCACUCAUAUUCGCCCUCCUCGACCCCUCUAAAUCAGUUCUACACGCCCACAUACCUCCACCAAGCUCGAAUACCACCGCCGAUGCCACCGACGUUGCCACACGGUUUGUGUGGCGGCAAGACGACGGGCUUGAGGAUGUCGGUGGGGAGGAGGCCACGACAGAGGGACCUAAUGCCGUUGCGAUCAUCUUUCGGAUUGGGGGCCUUGCAGCUGCGGCCGCGUUCAUCAUAAGCUGGAGACUCGCUCGAGAGCUGAGGCGAAGAUGAAAGGUAUCCAAAACUGAAGUUUAUUUAUUCGCCAGGAGAACAACGACAAGGGCGGCGCACAAGUUGAAUCUGUCCAUACCAUACUCUACUCCCAAGGAGGCUCAGGAGGGUGGCAAUGUUCAUCUUCAAAAGUCUCUUCAGGCUACGGACUUUUUCUGCACCCACAUUGGGUUUCUAUUCACAAACUAUAUCGUGCCCUUCGUUUCGUUCUCAUGUCCUCUGCUAUCAUUUGUACCGUACCUACCACCUUCAGCACCAUUUGUUGUCGGCUCGCUCUUUGAUCUCUAUUUGUUUGUUUGUUCUUUUGUUCUUUUGGUCUAAUUU